UUGCAUAGAAUAUUAUUUUUUGCCCCUCAGCAACAGGAGCAGGACCCAACCAAUCUAUACAUCGCUAAUUUGCCAUUGAAUUUCAAAGAGAAUGAUGUUGAGGGACUUUUGGCUCAGCAUGGACAGGUGAUAUCGACUAGGAUAUUGAGAGACGCAUGCGGACAGAGUAAAGGAGUUGGAUUUGCUAGGAUGGAAUCGAAAGAAAAAUGUGAACAAAUAAUCUCCAUGUUCAAUGGGAAAGCACUUGCAGGCUCCAAGGAUCCACUGUUGGUGAAAUUUGCGGAUGGAGGAAAUAAAAAGAAACCUUAUAAGAGUUCUCUGUGGCGAGAAACUGGCGAUAACAUGACAUUAAAUUAUGAUACAUCUGGAGUGGGACAAAACGGGGUUCCAACGGCUCAUAUGUUACCAGCAGCUACACUGGCCCAAUAUAGCCGUCACUAUGGCCAAGCGGUGCCCGGUUAUACAGUCCCAGGUACCCCAUGGGUCGCCCCAUACGUUUUACAAACUGGUCCGCCUCACAUGCAGCAGGUUGACAUGAUGCCCUCAGCUGACCCCAGCAAUCCGCAAUACAGUAUGAUUCCACAGCUCACAACACAAAUGUCGACGCUUCAUCUUGGAACCAAUUACAUCACAGCAAGUCCGCAUCCUUAUCCGUACACAACCUACCCAGCGCCAAGCAUCAUUCACACGAUGCCACUUGGAGAUUCUGAACAGACGAGUAAUGCAGCAUCACCAGAUGACUCUUAUCAGCAGUACCAGGCACAGCAGCCCAAGUAGGCCACAGUUUAUAGGUAUGAUUACGCCGAAGGAUACGUAAGUUAGAACAGCAAACGAAGAAAGGGAGAAGUCAUCGAGCCGGAAAAAUGAAAUAAACAAAAGACGAGGCGACUGUACACAUGAAAUAUGCAGUUUUUUUUCUCGACAAAAAGCUAUAUAUCAUUUUAAAAAAUCAGGAUGAACAAUAAAAGAAUGGCUCGUAGAAUGAUUUUUCUUUCGUAUGUGGAUAAAAAAAUACUGAUGAGAGAGUAGGAGAAACUGUCAUUUAAAAAUAACUUGCCAGCCACCUUUUAUACAUUUUACCAAGGAGAAAAGAACAAUAAUAGUUAGAUGAGGAAAAUCACAGGAGAUACAGUAGAAUGAAAGUAGUGAAUAUUUUGCAACAAGUAGAUAAAAGUUGUGACAAGAAAAUGAAUAGAAAGACAUGACUAGAAAAGUUGAAAACAAACAACGGACGACUUGAGAUGAAAGUUGGUGGCAUCCUUUUUUUCAUUAUCAUUAAUUGAUUAAUGGAUAGUGAAAGUUUUGAAUAUUUUGCUGACCGUGAUGAUCGGUUGUUUUUCCAAUAAUGAUUGAAGGUGAAUCAGUGAAUUCGAGACGAAAUUGUCGACUUCAUGAUGAUGCUAUGCUUCCAGGAUAAAUUUAGGUAUUUGCGUGUUUGCAAUGGAAAAAAACGAAAAUGAUCCAGAAAAGUGCGGAUGAUAAAUGCGUGAAUUAAAUAUUUUACAAACGGAAAGAAAGACGCGGUUAUAUUAGUGAAAGGAAUAAUAAUACUGCUUAUGCGUUGACUAGAUUCCACAGUAUUGCAUUCUUCUCAAAAUUAAUAAAUUACAAAGCGGGGAUGAAGAGAAUUCGAUUUGUAGGAAUUUUCUUAAUUUUCUUCGGUGUGAUCGAUUUUUUUUUUCAUUUUCUAACGGAUGAAGUUCGAAAGAGGUCAGUGACCCGAACGGUCCUAAAUUCUGGGAAUCGAGAUAUCUUGAAUAAUUGAAUAAUUUUCCUAACGAGAAUUUUGUAAUUAUUCUGCCGACCCUAAGAGGAAUGUCAAAGUAGAAUUUCGUUGAUUGGUCGACGUUCCAUCGCCUCUCAAUCAUCCGAAUACGUUUCUUUUUUAUUUGUGAAAAUCGACAUUUUCCGAUCCAUUUUAUUUUCCUUUUUAAUGUGGAGUUUGGACAUUCCAAAUUAUAUUCCUUAUGCCUGUAGUGAAGUGGUAUAAAGAACUGGAGAUAAGCUGAACAUUUUUAUAGCAUAUUUUCGGAAUGUGUGAACAUGGGUGAUUACGAAAAAAAUGUCACAAGAUUUUUCCGUGGGAAAUGAAAUUCUCUUAGGAAAAAAAAUCUUCAAACAUUUUUAUCGCCACUCAUGAGUUGCACAAAAAUUCACAAAUUAGGCUGCAAUAACUUGAACCAUUUUAGCCGCUCUACUCUACAUAAUGAACAAUUUGGUUUAUUCAUGUACGAGGGAAUCAUGAAGAGACCUGAGGAGGAAAAAGCGGAAGUUGCCAACAUGACCACUGAAAUUUAAAAAAUUAAUAAAUUAAUAAAGUAAAAAAUCAUUUUUAAUUGUACAGUGAAAUACCAUUUAUUUAUCAUCGUGCCUUUUCAGAUGAAUACAAGAAAUAGAGAAAGACUAAAACAGAAAUUCUGUUAAAUUUGAGGAGAAAAAAAAAGUAUUCCCUAAAAUAUUACACUAACUUACGAAAUGAGAAAGCAUUGCAAAAAGAGGAGAACUAUAUUUUUACCAAUUGUUAAAGUAAAAUGAAAUAUCAAGUACGUCGGAAAAUAAAAAAAAUCUGAAGGACUUCUUCGACAUCAACUCUCUAGCAUACCCAUUUUUCAUAAUUUUUUACAACAUAUAAAGCAUUGAUUUACUACAACAUUUAGAUUUUUUACGGUAGAAUUUAUGGUAGAAAGAAAUUUGAGGAAGUUAUUAGGUAAAAAAAAAAUUCUUUAACUCACCAUAAGAAACUGUAGGUGAAAAUCACCAAAAAUUAAAUGAAAAAAGUCUAAAAUACUUAAGAAAAUGUAGUAGCAGAAGAUAUUUAAAAAAAUUAGAGAUGAAAAGGUCAACCUUCCCUUCUUCCUCCUCCUGAUGACGUAGUUCUAAAAAUUGAACGGAAAUCAAUCGAGAUCAGCAAACGAUUGAGCGGCGCUAAUCGAGCCGAAGAAUUUCGCUAUAGAACCCACAGAAAAAAUGAAGAAAUUAUUGAUAAGCCGUGAAGAGUAAUUAAAGCUUUCUACCAAAUAAAACCAUGGAUUUUUUCCUUGAAUCAAGACUCAGUGAAGGCAUGAAUUUCGUGUGAUUGUAAGAAUGUAUGAAUGCUUGAUUAGAAGACGGUAGUAAAAUGGAGAGGGAUAAUAGUCUAGAUAGUUUUUUCGAAUGUUGAACAGAAGGAUUGAAAAAUUAUGAAAAAUCUAAUGAAGAAUUUCCAUAAUUUCUAAAACUUAGGGAAGAAGAAAUAAUUGAACAGAAAAUUAAAGUAGAAUCAAUUUCGCCACUCAAUCUCGAAUAUCUGAAAAAUUCAGUAACUGUAUGUUAAAAUGGGGCGGCACUAGAAAACCAAGGAAAUUUCCGCUGAUAACCUGACAAAAAUAAUACUUCUGCGAAAAUAAUAAAUUUGAGACAACUGAGCGGUGAAAAACUGCCUAGAAUUCAUAUUUGAAUUUCUGUCUCACACGAAUUUUUUCAACACUAAUGAAUUUAAUUAGCAGAAGUAUUUCUUUUUCUCAGUUGAAAUUUUGGCGAACGAUCUAUUAUACAUCGUAAUUUCUGUGGACAUGGCGGUAAACAUUUUUUGAGGGUGGAAAGAGGAAUUCCGCUGGGUAUCGGAUGAAACCAGCACCAACCUUCUACCUCUUCCCGUUUUCGAGAUAUCCUCUGAGAUUUGAAAAAUAAUUGAUAUGAGCAAUUAAGAAAUGGAAUAAGUACCGACAAUGUUUUUCUAGCUUUCGAACUAACGAUAAACGUCAGCUAUUAUUAUACAGUAAGAAAAAUGAAAGAAUAUGGAUCGUGAAAAAGUCAUCAAACAUCUCUAAGGAUAGAAAAAAAGGAGAACAAAAAAAAAAUAGACAAAAAACGUAUGAAAGAUUUUUACACUGUUGAAUCUUGAAGUAAAUAAUAUAUUUAGUUUAUUUUGGUACAUCACAAUUUGAUCGUGUAUAUGGAUAAUGAACGAGUGAUAAAGUUUGAUCGACCGAGAGACAUUUAAAAAGUUAAUUAGGCAAGAAGAAAUAAUAAUUGAAACAAAGAAUGGUGGAAAAGAGGGAAAUCAAUGAAAAAAGAAAAGAGUAUCGAAAUAUUUUUUAAGGUACCGAAUACUGUACUCGUUUGAGAGUCACUUAAAUGAUAAAUUGAUGAUGAUGAUGAUGGUAAUAAUGACGAUGAUGGUGAUGAUGAUAAUGAUAAUGAUGGUAAUGAUGAUAAUUGAUAACGAUACAAAGAGGAGAUGAAAUGUUGAUAGGAAGUGGAGUCAAUGAUAUAACGUAAAAAUAAAUGUAAACGACUAAUUCAAUAUCCUGAGACUGCAAAAAAGAAUAAAUAAUAAAACGACUGCGUCAUGUGAGAUAAAUCUAGGAGGUCUUAGAAAAUGAUAUAAACAAACAAAACAAACGAUAAACUCCUCAUGUGAUUGAAUAGUGAAUUUUUGCAGAAUUUUACUAAAACAAAAAGUAAAGGAAAUAUAGAGAUCUUGUAAUAAACUUAAUGGUUAAUUGCGAUGACCAAAAAAUUCUUUGGGCAGCAAAAGCUGAAAUAGGAAAAAAAGAAUGGGAUGAUGUAGUUUUUCGCUGGAAUCGCAAAGAUGGUCUUUUUUUAAGAAAAAAAAAGAAACAAACUAAAUAGUAGACAUUGGAGUAAUGAAAGAUGAUGAGGAAAAACGUCUUUUAUUGUAUAGGAAAGAAUGGAAAAUAAUGGCGUUUAAUUUUUGCGAGUAGCUAGGGAUCUUAGAAUAAUUUAUUAAUGAUUAAAGAAUGAACAAGAGUAAUUGUUUUUUCCCUUCAAUUAGAUUCUAAUAACUAAGUAAAUGCCUAGAUUUUAAGGAUUCAUUUUAAGAUAGAUAGUAUUUAGGAUUUAGUUAGGAUAACGACUGCCUCCUCUUUACGCGAUGAAUUGAAGAAAAAAAUUAAUCAAUCAAUCAAUAUAACCAUUCUUCUACGAGAAUGAAAACCGAUAAUGCGACAAGUUGUGUUUUGCGCAAAUCCUCACAUUCAAAAGUUUUCUCGGAGCAGAUGGAAUUAUGGAAUAUCGAUGAGCGAAUCAUUUUUUUUCAGUACUCAUGAAUCUUGAGACAAUUUUGAGUAGUGGGAAAAGGAAUUUUUUAAAAAAUGCAGAUGAUGAAAUUGUUCAGUCCAUGCACCAUGCCUGUCGUCAUUGACUGGUUAUUAAUUUAUGAGAAUAUUGACAUAAUAACAGCUAUUUGUUCUGAAAUUUGUAAAUGUAGACGCUUUGUUAAGUCUGUUAUUCUUUUCGUACUUUUAAGGUAUCAUUUAAAGUUAGAAGUGAGAUUCAAUUAAGAAAUCGUUGGCAGUUAAUCGAAGUCAUGACGAACCCUCCAGGGAUCGUCUCUGCCGACCAAAAUCCCCGAAGUAAUUAAUUACCGCUGUGAAAAAUCGAAGAAAGGGGUAGAAAUAAGAGCAGUGGAAAUAACUGCGACACUGACCGUCAAUAUAAAACACCCAAACUCUGUCGUUAAACUCACAACUUAGAUAAUACCUUAAACGUUAAAUAAUUUCCAUUUUAUGUCUGUUAUGUUUAUAAAAUUAACGAGUUUUCAUUUUCAAUGUUGCCUGAGUAACAAACUUAAUUUUCUAUUUGGCGAAUUCGAUAGUACAUUCUAAUGAGACAUUAUGAGAUACAUUUAUUCACUUAUAAAUUAUCGCUGUCUACGCUGUUCUGGUACUUGGGCUGAUCGACCAUAAUUGAAAUUCAUUUAUAGUCUUUUUAAGGUAUGAUUGACUGAAUCCAAAUCAAUGGAUUCUACAAUGAGUUGAUAGAAUAACAUGAGGAAACAUGCGGAAUUCGGCGGAAUAAAUGUUUUAUAGAUAA